CUCCUCUCCUUCCAUUCUCUCCCUCACACACUUUCCUUUCCCCCCUCUCUCCCUCUUUCCCUCCCUCCUUCCCUCCCUCUCUCCCUCUUUCCCUCCCUCCUUCCCUACAUUGACUCAAUCUGCUCCUCAUUCUCUCAGCUCCUCUCCUUCCAUUCUCUGCCUCACACACUUUCCUUUCCCCCCUCUCUCCCUCUUUCCCUCCCUCCUUACCUCCCUCUCUCCCUCUUUCCCUCCCUCCUUCCCUCCCUCUCUCCCUCUUUCCCUCCCUCCUUCCCUCCCUCUCUCCCUCCUUUCAUCAGAACAGAGCUGGCAGUGGCACUGGGCUGUCCAUGGCUUUGAGGCAAGCUAUAUCAGCAGAGUUGGCAUUGGCAACCCGUGGCAUUGCAACCUUCCUGACCUGAUUGCUCCUCUCCUCCCAUUCUUUCUCCCUACAGGCUGUGCUCGCACGAACCUUGCAGCACCGCUCUCCACCUCUGGACGGCACCGAGUCCUCUCCCACUCCCCCCACUCCCAAGCGCCUGGAGCUCUGCCUCGUUCAGAGCCGUGA